AUGGAUAAACUGCAGGCUUUCGGAAAGAACUUCAACGCCCAGUUCACGCCUUUCGCGGCUCGCACUCAGCAAUUUGUCAAGGAGCAGCUUGGCACUGCAGAUGAAAAGACCCAGUUGCCUGACGAUUAUCUCGAGCUCGAGAAGCGUGUCGAUGCUCUGAAGCAGGUCCACCAGAAGCUUCUUUCCGUUACCUCCCAAUAUUCGAACGAGCCGUAUGAUUACCCACCAAACAUCCGGGAAUCUUUCAAUGACCUCGGCCGCACCAUCAACGAGAAGGUCCAGCUACUAUCCCAUGCCUCAUCUCCUGCCGAAGCGCAGGCUGCCCUGACCGCACCGCCAUCUGCGAAGCCUCAGCCCAAGACUUUCAGUCAUGCUAUCGCGCGUGCUUCCCUUUCGGGAUCGCAGUUGAUCGCGCAGACCUCCCCCAAUGAAGACCCACUUGCUGUCGCACUGGAGAAGUAUGCACUUGCAUUGGAGAAGGUUGGCGAGGCCCGUUUGGCACAGGAUGCUCAAAUUCAGUCGCGAUUCUUGGCUGGAUGGAACACCACCCUCAACACAAAUUUGACAUUUGCUACCAAGGCUCGCCGCAAUGUUGAGAACUCUCGGCUUACCCUGGACUCUGUCAAGGCUAAGAAGAAGGCCGCUGCUGGUGGUGACUUGGACAACUUGACUGAGGAAGCUCGCGUUGAGAUUGAGCAAGCUGAGGAUGAAUUUGUCGGGCAGACCGAGGAGGCAGUCAGCGUGAUGAAGAACGUUCUUGAUACCCCGGAACCCUUGAGGAACCUUGCGGAUCUGAUUGCCGCCCAGCUUGAGUACCACAAGCGAUCAUACGAGAUCCUCUCCGAACUGGCGCCCGCUGUUGACGCGUUGCAAGUUGAGCAGGAGGCGAGCCAACUACCGCAAGAGCCGUGA